AUGGGUAACCAAUUGACAGCCUUAGCUCCUGCUCAGAUCCUACCAAUGGAGAGUUACUUUCAUGACUUGCCAGACUUUGGAAAACCAGUCAGUUUGGGUAGCACUCGCUUCAUGAAGGUUGCUCGCUCGAAAUACACUGAUGGGACGGAGGUCGUUGUCAAGAUAUUUCCAAAGAUUGAUUCAUCCGUUCAGCUCCAGAUGUACGAGAAGAGGCUCCAUGAUAUUAAUAUGAGGCUACGUUUCAUUGCUAACGUCUUACCGUAUCAAAACUUUUGGGACUCUGAUAAAGCAGCAUUUCUGGUUAGGCAACAUGUACAGUACAAUCUCUAUGACAGAAUCAGCACCAGACCAUAUUUGAACAACAUUGAAAAGAAAUGGAUCGUCUUUCAAUUGCUAAAAGCACUGGAGGGAUGCCAUGAAAAGAAAGUGUAUCAUGGCGACUUGAAAACUGAGAAUGUUUUGUUAACCGGAUGGGGAUGGGUCUUCUUGACUGAUUUUGCUAGCUUCAAGCCGACAUUGCUACCAGCUGUAAGAAAAGUUGGUCAUGAUAAUCCAGCUGAUUAUACUUUCUUUUUUGACACAUCUCGAAGGAGAAACUGCUACGUAGCUCCAGAAAGGUUUGUACACGCCUCCAGUUACUCCCAGAGUAGUUCAGCCAGUGACUCAUUUCAAAGGAACAAACCACUCACUUAUGAAAUGGACAUAUUCUCACUAGGUUGCGUUACAGCUGAGUUAUUUCUCGACGGACAAUUGAUAUUCAAUUUAAGCGAGUUGCUUGAUUAUUGUCAGAAAGAGUUCUCCCCUGAACCACUCCUUAAGAAAAUAACUGAUAAAUACAUAAAAAAAAUGGUACGUCACAUGAUUCAGUUCAAAGCAUCUGAUAGAAGGAGACCAGAACAAUAUCUAACCAUGUUUAAAGGUCUUGUUUUCCCGGAGUAUUUUUACACUUUCUUACACGAUUAUUUCAAAUCAUUUACGACAGCAACACAACUCACUCCUGACCAAUGCAUUAAAAAACUGUAUGGUGAUAUUGAAGCUAUACUGGCUAACCUGUUUCUAAAUAGUACCAAACAGGACAGGGAAACUGGUUAUGGAGAUGUUCUUGUUAUUGUUCUGUCGGCCAUUACGUCAAAUUUAAGAGUAGCUCAGUUUGCCGGUUCUAAGCUUCAAGCAAUAGAAAUGAUGAGGACAAUAGCUAACUAUGUCAGUGACUGUAGCAUACUGGAGAGAAUAGUACCUUUCCUUCAUCUUCUUAUUAAAGACAAAUGGCCAUCAGUAAGAGCUGAAGCUAUCAGAACUCUCUCGUUUUGUUUGAGUGUAAUAAGGAAAGUACCCAGGAGUGAUUUCAACUUGUUUCCUGAAUACAUACUACCAGUUAUUUUGAUGGUUCCUAAAGACAUUGAUGUUCAAGUGAGAGUUGCAUUAGCUGAAUCAGUUGCUGAAUUGGCUCUUAGUUCACACAGGUUUUUAGAAUUAGCUCAACUCCAGAUGAAUCAGGAGGCAGCUGGGGAUGAACCAUCAGGCGUACAAUAUCAAAUAUAUGGUACUUAUGAUAAUGAGUUGCAUCAGUUACAUGAAACAUUUCAAUCAAUUGUAGUACAUCUACUCAGUGACAAUGAUUCAAAUGUUAAGAGAGCAUUCCUAACCCACAGUGCUGGGAAGUUAUGCACUUUCUUUGGAGCUCAAAAAGGUAAGACUAUCACUUUAAAAUAA